AUGGCGUCAAUCCGUCUCCCGUCAGUGGAGCCGGACGGGCGCUCUUGGCAAGACUCUGCCGACGUGGCGUACUUCCAGGACUACUGGUCAGAGAACUCUUCCGACUGUGGACAGUCUCAGGACCGAGGCGCGUGUGUUCCUUGCUGCGGAGUCGGGCCCUCUUCCCGGGUGUUUCGCGCACCUGUCGCCGGUCCACCGCCUGCAGUGUACAUCGGAACGCACACGGGUCAAUUCCACGCCACCGCACAAGGCCACGCUUCUCACUAUGGAGCAGUUGUCGUCCCACGUGCGCAGGUCGACGCCUCGCACCUCCACUCCGAGCUUUCUCGGCCACGCUCUUCUGUGGGACUCAUGGCUCCAGAUUCCCAGCGCAGCACAAUUCACCUCUCUGCAGUCGCUGUGGCUCCUACAGGUGGACGCGUCCCUUCAGGGUCAAAUCCGCAGACCUUGCGGAGCAGAGCCUCCCUGGACACCCAGGCGCCGCACUCGCCUUUUGCCUCCGCGAACAGUCCUCUUGUGACGAAGAAUCUGGUGCAGUCGGAGGCAGCGCUUCCACAGGGCCCCGCGCAGCCUCCACUUCCCAACGGCGGCGGUGCCGUAAGCGCGUCAACUCCAGGAACUGAGCCUGACCGGCCGGUCACCAAGCAGAAACCGAAAGGGAAGAAGGCACGGGAAGGCGUCUCUCGCGGAAAAAACGGGGCGUCGAAGGCGAAAGCCGAGCAGCGGCGGGUUGCCAGCGACGAACUGAAGCCCACCAAGCAGACUCGCGCGACCAAGAAACCCUCCGGCGGCUCGCUCCGUCCCUCAAGUGGCUUGGAGCUCGCAGAGGGGAAAGACAAGCGAGGUCAAGUUGGGCACACACUGAGCGGCACUGGAACCGUUCGGGAAGUGCUCACGUCCUUGGAAGACUUCAAGAAGAGCGUACAGCACGGCGACGUGCGAUCGAAUUCAUGGACUGCCGCGGAACUGGUCAAAGCCGGAGGACGUCCUGAGUUCGUCCCUGGAACUGCGCAGGUGCACAACCAUCCCGUCUCCCCUCCUUUCGCCGCACCAGCGUGCAGCUCCAUGCCUGCUCGUGACUCUCCCGACUGGCAGAUUCUUGCGGCAGGUUCGCAACAGUACUCGCUCCGCCCAAGUCAGAGACAACAACUCUGGAGGAGCGUGAAAGAGAGCGUUCGAGCGAGUGAACAGGCUCAUAUAGAGCUUGCGCAUCGCGAGGGUGAAGGAGUCAUUCUAAAUAAGUGUCCCCGGCAACUCCUGCCCCAUCCACCAAACCCGGCUCUCUGUGUCAACACAGAGCGCCCCUCAAAGAAAACGAUCGAUGUCAAGUUCCGGCUGCUUCCUCGCCUGGCAGAAGAGCCCACACCUGCCGAAACCGCCGGCGUCUUCGGGGUCCUUCUGCCCCGGAGCAGGGCGAGGUCGUUGUCCAGGGCGAUGCCGAAAUCGAUGUUCAGAUCAUCAAGGUCGAUGUCGCUGAACAGUGUAGCAGCAGCGAAGUCCGGUCUCCUUGAUUCCGACGGGAAGGUCCGGUUUCGCGUCUUCCAGGUGAAACGCCGAGGAGACGAUGGGUCCUCGCUUGUCGCCUACAAAUGGUUGAAUGAGAAGCGCUCCCCGGAAACUUCAGAAAACGGCAUGCCUCUCUGCUGCGACGGUCAGUGUGGUGAGCUGUCCGGUUCCGCCAGCAGCUCCUCCGCAGAAAGCGGUGAUGUCCCACCGGAAACGCACGCGAGCAACGAAGAAGGCGGGAUGGGUGCUUUUAUGUACCACUGCGCCGGCGCUGUCGCGUCACAAGUCAUGGGAUGCGCCGACUCAGAGCGGAUCGGGGAACAAGACCAGAAGGAACACUCCUGUCUCCCGGCAGUGGAGGCUCCAGAGUGGCUCUCUCAAGGGCAGGCGCCACAGUGCGGUGUAUGCGACUGCACAGCAGCCGAACAGGUUCCUCACGAACAGGCUACCGCCGACGCGCGGUAUCAACUGGAUGGUUAUGAAGGAGGCGUGGGGCAAUAUACCCAGUAUGGGGAGGACACCCUUAGGACGCCUGUGAAUUCACAGUGGGCGUCGCUGGCCACGACGGAAGGCCUCCAACAGGAGGGUUCGACCUAUGUGGGCGCCGAGGGCUGGUCCCACGCCACGAAUGGUGGAGCCUCCGCUCAAGGUCAGUUAGCGGCGCGACAGUCCGCGAACAAACCCCGCCCAGAAAAUGGUUCUCGAGGAUCGCGGGCACCUGGAAACGUGGCUUCCACCGCGCCACGCGCCGUGAAGUCGAAUGCGCGUGUCGGCCAGACAGAGUCGCGAGCCUCUCGCGCAGUUGCUGGACAAGGCACCUCACAACAGCUGCCAAUUCGGAAAGACGCUCGCGCGCCUGCGUCCGUGAAAGGGAAGCAGGCUCCGGAAACCCUCGGUGCGCAGCGCCCGGCUGUUGGGACCAGCAAGGGUGUAACGUCGACUGGAGCGCCUUCACAGGGAGCUUCAACGCAAUCGCCCGGCCGAAUGAUCGCCUUUGCGCCACGUUCGGGCGGCAGGCUUGCUGCUUCGGAGCAGCGGACCGCGGUUCACGGAGCUCGUGCGGCCGUUGCGGCAUCCACAUCUCCACUUGGGACCGCUGGUAAUCCUCCACAGUCGCCAGAGCCCGUGGUCACUGUUUCGGAAGUAUGUACGGUACCGGCGUUGACGAACGCGGCCGACUGUUCCUGCUCGUCGUGGCAAUAUAAACCUUUCAGCUGCUGUGAGAAAGCUAAGGCGAGCGCAUCCGGGUCCCAGGUCCCCUCUUUCGCCUGUAAUGAGACUGGGACGACUUCAAAGGAACAGCAGGCAUACUCUCCUCUCAGGAGCUCUGCGGCCCUCUGUGCUCCACAGCAGGUGCCACCAAAUUCUCACGUGCCGAUAACGGUGACCGAAUAUAAGGCGCCCGUACCUGCGCCACCUGCUCGUACAGCCACAUCGUUGGCUGAAGCUCAGGUCCCCGGACCUGAAGCAACGCAAGCAGUUGAAGCCUCGACAGCGAAAGACUUCUCGUUGAAAACCUGGCUGGGAAAUGUAAUGUGGUCAGCUUGUGGCCAAUCGGACGCUGCAGGCAAGAAAGUGCCCGACCUAUGUCCGGAGUCCACAUGCGUCGCUAAGCCUGGGGAAGAAGAGAAGCGCCCCGUGCCAUCUGAGGAAGAACAUCACAAAGGGGAUGACGAAGAGCAAGCAGAAGAGCUUUCAGAUGUCUUUCGGCCACACCCUGUCUCAAGCGACGAUCGGCAGAAAGGCGGGAACGUUCCGAUCCUGUUCCGAGUGUUAAAGCGGCGCCAGGACAGCCGACACAAGACAGCUACCUCGGAGGAUUCGGUGUAUACAGCUUCAGUUGGUGGAAAGUCGGCUACAAAGUCUGAGGACGAAGUCCUAUCACUUCUGUCUGCCGCCACCUUCCACAGAGGCAAACCGGAACCGGUGUUUCGCUUCCGCGUAAUUCAGGCCCAACAGGCUAAGGACAGAGAGUCGAGGCGACUUGUGGCGUUCCGACCUCCUGCGCAUCCGCACCAACCCCACGCACCCUCUCUGUCUCAUGCAGGGAACUUUAACAUGGGGCACAGCCAAAACGUCGACGGGGACGCCUGCAUGAGCUGCGUCUUGCCGGGGCCCUGUCGCUCCUCAUCAGCUGAUUCGGAGGACUCCAUCGUGACAAUGAAGUAUGAACACCGAACCACCUAUGUGCCCUUACCAACGAAGGGUAAGACGAUCCACGUUGUGACCCACCAUGGGCUUCAGAACAUCAAGCCAGGAGUCCUAGGGGAAGAGCGCAAAAUGUUCGACAGGCGCCUUCUGUGCGUUUCCUCAUUCGCUGCCAAAGUGGCUAGAGACGCGGCUGAACGCGUUGCAGUACGUCAAGCUAUAAGAGAGGCGAAAGAUACCGGACCCACUGACGAGAGCGAGGCAGAGCCCCACGCGACAGAAGAACCUGUUCGAACUGAGAGAGAGGAGGAAGAGGAGCAGGAGGAAGUGACACCAGAGUGUGAGGGGGAAUGGCCGGAAUGGGCGGGUAGCUGGAAGAGCAUUUCCGGAGCGGCAGAACUGUUUUGUUGCCCGGCUUCAUGUCGAAGCCAACCAGCAUCCAUCCCUUCAACUCAGCGGGAAAUACAAGUGGCGGUAGUCCAGGAAGGACAUGCAGAAACCGAAGAAGCACUCGAGGAAGGGAAGGAAGAAAGCGAAGAGGUAGUCGAGGAGGGAGGGGCGGAGGCAGCCGAGACUCGAGAGGAAGAACCCGAGGAGGUCGUCGAGGAAGCAAAGGAGGAACUCGAGGAAACAACCGAGCAACAGGAGCAACUUGAAGCAGGCGACGCUGAGUGCUGGAAGGUGCCUUCGCCUCUCCCGGAAACGCUCCAAAGGGGAAGUUGUGGUUCGUGUUUCCAAAUGUGCAUGCAGUUGCUGGACCUUCUCAAGAUCCCCGGUCCCAAAGGAAAGCGUCUCCGCGGACACGACCCCCCUAGUGACCCGGGAGUCGCAAUCGAUGAGUUCUCCGUCGGCGCUAGAUACGGAUAUGGCAUAUGA